CGUCCGGUGUGCAGUGGGCCUCUCCCUGACACUCUUUAUGGCACAGAUUUAUUGUGCUGUGCUUGGUGGAGGCUGAUCGCAUGUAUGUGGUCAGUAGCGCUGCAGACUGGGACCCAGGGCCGGCCCCCCUCUCCUGUUACACCCUAUUUAUAUCCUCCCCGCACCGGGCUGCUCCUCGGAACCCUCCUUAUGCCUGCAGAGAGUGCGCUGACAUCUGCAUAGGGUUGGUGCACGUCUGAGGCUGCCUGGAUGCUAGCCUCAAUAAGAGCAUUCGCGAAAGUUUCUCAAAUAACACUUGUUGAUCUGGAGGAAGCGUUUGAGAGAGGACUGGGAGAAGGUCUAGCACAGCUGUCUGUUGGGAUUCUGCUGGGAGAUCUUGGGACUUUUGAGGAUUACCAACGGACAUCAUUUCCAGUGUUUUCUGUGACUUUAGGGAUUGAGGAUUUUCCAACGUUUAUUUACGUCUGUCAUCCAGUCAUCCAUAUGGAUUUGAGGGUUUGAGGCUCACUCCAUUUUAACUCUGCUUACAUUUGCUAACUACUGUCCAUCCCAGUCAAAGGUUUGCAGUCUGCUUACAAUCUGAUUGUUUUUUUGUUUUUGUUUUUUGUGUGUUUUGUUUUGUUGUGGAACAUUUUAUCCGGUUCUGUCUUGUUUUCUAUAUUUGGUUGGCAUUUUCAGGUCAGUUCUACAAAACUUGCAUCAAUCAAGCAUGACUUUCUUAAAGUUUUGUGCUUUGUUGUAAUUGGUUUCAGGCUCACCCUGCCCCAUCUGAAUAUCAGUUUUCUUGACCAUAACCUGGGAAUUGUCCUGGCUUCCAGUCUCAGCCAAUUGUACAAUCUUCUUCAGCCAGUAGAUUAGUAAAGAGGCGGUUUUGUUAAAAAAGUCUCUUUUUGGAAGGAAUCUUUGGCCCCGGCCCUUGUCCUGUGUGGAAGGGCGAGAGACUGAGUCAUGGACCACACACUCUUCGGGUGCCUGCGGAGCCCCCAUGGCCCGGGCCAGGCCUUACACCCAGCCUUCAGCCCAUCUUCUCUUGCACUGCACGGCCGUUCGGAUCAUGUGUCCUAUCCUGACCUGGCUUCAUCAUCUUCUUCGUCCUCCACACCGUCCCCGUCUCCUUGCGUUAUCUCCGGGUAUCCUCCUGAAGAGGGUCUGUACCAUCCACACCACCAUCCGCACCGCUCCCACCUCCCCCUGCAGCAUCACGCAGCUCCCCAGCACCAUCCAGCCCCACCCUGGCACAUUUCACACCUGCCCGGGAACAGCAGCGUAGGCCGCCACAGUCUGCACCCUCUGCACCCACAGGACUCCGGCCCCUCUCCCCAGGACAUGAGCCAUGGUGGGGGGCCUGCCAUGUGUGCCAGUCCCCCCAACAUGGGCAGCAGCACCCCUGGCCUGGGCAGCGGGACCCCCACAGGGGCUGAGUAUCGGCACAGCCUGAGCUCGGUUGAGGCCGACAAGAGAAGCAAGAGGAAGAGUGAGAGUUCAGAGUCUCAGGACGGGAAUUACAAGUCAGAUGUGAGCAGUAAGCCCAGGAAGGAGCGCACAGCCUUCACCAAGGAGCAGAUCCGGGAGCUGGAGGCCGAGUUCGCCCACCACAACUACCUGACCAGGCUAAGGCGUUACGAGAUCGCCGUCAACUUAGACCUUACUGAGAGACAGGUCAAAGUGUGGUUCCAAAACAGGCGGAUGAAGUGGAAGCGAGUGAAAGGAGGACAGCAGGGGGCAGCAGCUCGGGAGAAAGAACUGGUGAAUGUGAAGAAGGGAACGUUACUGCCGUCAGAGUUUUCCGGGAUCGCAGCGCUGCACCACUCCACGGACUCCCUAGCCAACGAGGACAGUCACGACAGCGACCAAAGUUCUGAGCACGCUCAUUUAUGAUCAGCCUGCACACAGAUUAAGACUCGAAACCCGGAAGGAUGCCCAUUUCCUGCUUUGCCAUCGUCCCACAGCGAUGCUAAAUAAAUGUAAAAAGUGCAGUGGCGCAAAGGCAUUGCGUAGAUAUACAGCAGUGAUGUGAAGUCGUGUUAAUGAUGAAUGAUGACUGACUGUAAACAGGAGUGGACUAUGGAAUUAGCAGUUACAGCUCAAAGACCAGUUGAUCUGAAAAUGUGUUUGUAAAAUGUAAUUUCCUUUAGAUUUAUUGGUUACAUGUUUAGCUCCGAUUUGCCGCUGACUAAAGCAGUGCAGAUUAACAUGGUGCACUGAUACUUGAGUGCUGCCAUUAAUUGCUUGCAACAGCUGACAUAGAAACCACGAUGAAUCAUACUUCUGAACUCUGACCUUUUUCCGAAUAUGGGAACUAGAAGGCCAACAACUGCCAGAAUUAGAGCCUCCAAACUUUUCUGCUCUGCACAAUGGACAAUUUCAUGUAUUAUUUGUCCACUCCUUUUUACACCCAAUAUUAGAAUCACAGAAGUAUUGCUAACAUUCCAUGUUGUGUGAGUGAGGGAGUCUAAAGCUUUGCACUGUUCACUCAAUUUGAUUCUACUGUAUGCAAUGGACUUAUUGAUCAAAUCAAGUGUCAGGAAAUUAAGUUAGCUUAGCUAAUGUAAAUGACAUGUAAAUAAUGUUAUGUUUAUGAUUUUAUACCCACUGUAGUCAGCGCAUUGUACAUCCACUGACAAGGAUUUAGUCUAUACUUUUAAAGAAGACAUCUUAUGCUUUGGUCUGGAAUAUAACUAUUGAUCAUUAUUUCAUAUGUUGAAUAUUUAAAUUGCAAUAUUGAUCUAACACUACUUUGUAAAAGAAACAAGUCUGCUCUGUCUGAUGCUAUGACUCAGUUCAUAGUAAUUACUUCAAGUAAUUACUAGAAUACUAUAACUCCAAAUACAACUUUAAGUGGAUAAUUGAGAAGACCAAUUAUAACAUAGUUACAUUUUGCACAAUAUGUCUCCUUUAAGGUGAAAACAUUUUGUAAUAGAUCCUCAUCACUUUUACCUGUGUUUUGCAGGUAUUGUUUGAAUAAAAGUCCACAGUGGAG